CAAACGCAAGUGCAACUCGCCUGGAUUCGAAAACCGAUUCUUUUCUUUUCUGUUCUGACGAUAUCGGAAUCCAACCAGACUCCAUUUCGCUCUCUCUUUCUCAGAAUCUCCAAAAAUCGAUUUCUCUUCGAACGAAGAGAAUCGAAAAGGAGGAUAAAAAACCCCCUAAAAACCCUAAUAUCUGAAAUCUCCUCAAAUUCGCAGGGGCACAAAUGGAAAAGGAGAAUCGAUUAUCGCUUCCUCUUUCAACCGCAUUCACAUUAUCAGGUUUUUUCUCUUUGUAAUUGGGUUAAUUUUUAUCCUAGUAGCAAUGGACGGUACGUUCAAUAGACAGAUUUUGGUUGACAAGCUUGCCAUACUGAACAAUUCUCAACAGAGCAUAGAGACUUUAUCACAUUGGUGUAUUUUUCAUAUGAAGAAUGCAAAACAAGUUGUGGAAACAUGGGACAGGCAGUUCCAUUGUUCCCCGCAUGACCAACGGGUGUCUUUUCUCUAUCUUGCAAAUGAUAUUUUGCAAAACAGUAGACGAAAGGGUGCGGAAUUUGUUGGUGAAUUUUGGAAGGUUCUUCCAGAUGCUCUAAGUGAUGUAUUUGAGAAUGGGGAUGAGUUUGGAAGAAAUGCUGCAACGCGACUGGUUGAUAUAUGGGAAGAAAGGAAAGUCUUUGGUUCUCGCGGGCAAAUUCUCAAGGAGGAGCUUUUGGGAAGGAACCAGGGGCAUAGCAAUAGAAAUGGAAAAAAUCCUGGCUACAAACUGAAACAAUCUGUUGGAAAUAUACUGGAAAAGAUAAUUUCAAAUUAUGAGGUUGUUUAUGAUGGUCCUGUGGAUGAAGAUUCUGUAUUGAGCAAAUGCAAAACUGCUAUUAGCUUCGUCGCGAAGGUGGAGAAGGAUAUUGGUGCUGAUUACAACUCAGGGCACAUCAAUGGAUCCGAAUUGGUAGAGUUGCAGGGGCAGCAUGGUAUCCUAAGGGAAUGCAUCGAACAUCUGAAAUCUGCUGAAUCAUCAAGGGCAACUCUUGUCUCCAAUUUAAGGGAGGCACUUCAAGAACAGGAAUUCAAGCUGGAGCAACUCCGAAAUCAACUUCAGGUGGCUCAGUCUCGAUCCGAACAUGCAGCUAACAUCUCCCGCCGGCUCCUGACCAACAACAGCGGGCAGUUGAUGGGCGAUCAGCGGCCCAAGGAAGCAACCACCUUCUCCGAUGCACCCCUCAGUUUUGUCUCAGAAACUCCGGCCAGUGGUGGGGAGAAAGAACAAUCAGCCCCGGUCAUGUAUAUUCAAAGAGGACCUUCCUUACCGGACAAUAAUUCUCUUCAGAUUGAAGAGGACCACCGGAAAACAGCUGCUGCUGCCGUGGCGGCGAAGCUUGCAGCAUCAACCUCCUCAGCUCAGAUGCUAACCUACGUCCUCUCCUCUCUUGCGUCGGAGGGCGUCAUUGGCAACACAUUGAAAGAAUCUUCCAUUGAAAGCAGUCCUUCUGAGAAGAGGCCCAAACUUGAGAAUAGCCCGACAUCUUACAUGCCAACCCAGCUUCCUCCACCACUACCACCUUUCCCGCAUCCUGAAUCACUCCACAACAAGAUCUCUGCCUCACAAAACAUGUCCCAACACCAGCCACCACCGCCUCACCCGUCGUCAUCACCCAUGUCACAACCAGGCCCCCCCAUGCAGCCGCCUCCCCCCCUACCACCACUGCCACCUGUGCCGCCCCCGCCACUUCCAAGUCAUUUCAUGCAGACUGCUGGAUCCAUGACAAGUGUACCAUACAGUUACGGUACGGCCCCACAACGGCCACCAUCUUUGCCAGGUUAUCAGCUAGUAGGCACACCAAUUUCGGGCCUACACCCUUACCCUGGCCCACCAAACCCUUAUCAGAAUUUCCAGUCGUCGGAUGGCGGUUUUUAUAGCCAGCCGCCCUUACCAGCAAUGCCAUCCCAGCAGUGAAAAUUUUCCAUCUCGGGACCCCCCUUUGGAAGCUGUGUGUGCGCGCACGCAUUGGAGAACAUCAUUGGUUGAUGCUGCUGAGAGGCAAAGUGGGCCCCAUUUGUAGACCUUUGAUCACUGUUAGGACCCUGUACUUGGAUGGAUGAGAUUCAAAUCUCACAUUAACAAUAUACAUAAAUUGUAUAUUAACUGUAGUUUCCUACCGGUUCAUAAUGCCUUUUGUGGGGUUGAAUGCUA